UGCUGUUCUGGCUGCGACAACCAGUUUAGCCAGUUCUUAACGGAAAAAAUAAAUACACGGCCAGCUUUAAAGGUUAAUCCGCGACGAAGUCCAGCAGCAUUCGCAGUAACAACAGUUCAUAAUCUGUAGACGAAGAUGAAUCCCGAAUAUGAUUAUUUAUUCAAGCUGCUGCUGAUCGGUGAUUCUGGUGUCGGAAAGUCAUGUCUCCUUCUCCGGUUUGCAGAUGACACGUACACAGAGAGUUACAUUAGUACCAUCGGCGUGGACUUCAAGAUCAGGACCAUCGAGCUGGACGGGAAGACCAUAAAACUUCAGAUUUGGGACACGGCCGGCCAGGAGCGGUUCCGCACCAUCACGUCCAGCUACUACAGAGGAGCCCACGGCAUCAUCGUGGUGUACGACGUCACGGAUCAGGAGUCCUUCAACAACAUCAAACAGUGGCUGCAGGAGAUCGACCGCUACGCCAGCGAGAACGUCAACAAGCUGCUCGUCGGCAACAAGUGUGACCUCACGACGAAGAAGGUGGUGGACUACACCACGGCGAAGGAAUUCGCCGACACCUUGGGCAUCCCGUUCCUGGAGACGAGCGCCAAGAGCGCCACCAACGUGGAGCAGGCCUUCAUGACCAUGGCGGCCGAGAUCAAGAAGAGGAUGGGCCCCGGGGCCACGGCCGGAUCCUCGGAGAAGUCCAACGUGAAGAUCCAGAGCAAGCCGGUCAACACCUCGUCCGGAGGCUGCUGCUGAGGCCACCCGAGAAACAGAAAGAUAAACAACAGCCACGACCCCCCCGACCCCACGACCAGUCUCGAUGUCACCACAGGGAAAGAGAAGCAGAGAGGGAGGGAAAGAGGAGGAGGAGGAGGAGGAGACUUUUGAGUGGACCGGUUUGUAAGAAUCCCUUUCCGCCCUUUAAGUCAGCAAUAGGACGGUAAGCCCACCAGAACACAGACACACACACACACACACACACACACACACAGACACGGGGCGGUUCAUCUUUUCUUACUUUACCAAAACACACUCGUAAAAAAAAUAAAUGUAUAAAAUUUUUAACAAGUGUGUGAAGUUAACCAAUGAAAGAAAAACAAAAACACUUAUUCAGCUUCUUCUUUUGUGUUUCUCUGCCCCCCCGCUCUGCCUUUUUUUGUUUGUUUUUUGCGAAAUGAGUCACUUUUCUAAAAAAACAACAACAAGAAAACAACCCAGAAGGGGUAUAAAAAAAAGAAAGAAAGACAAGUCGUCCCCCCCCCCCUCCCCCGCACUGUUUUAUUUCGCGACUUUUGCCCCGCUUCUCCUCUUACCCCAUUUCUCCAAAAAAUACAAAAAUGAAGCACAUGCUUGAAAGAAAACCAGCAUCAUGCACGUUGGGGGGAAACGGGCGGCGCUGCCCCACCGGGGGAGGGGCGGGCGAGCCGGGCCGACGCCGUCGCCGCCCCGACUUCACCGCGUCGCCCCCUUUAAAGUAAAUCACUCCAAACCGACCGACCCUGUGCCUUUGUGGCCGGAGAGUUCCACGACGCGCGUACAUGCCUUCGGUGCUCUUGUGUUGUCGGCGUAUCCCCCCCCCCCCCCCUCUUAUGUAAUGAAUCCACAUUGCACGACAGCGGUCCACAUUCCUGUGUGUGUAUAUAAAUGUAUCUGUGUUCGGCUCUGCUGGGUCCGUACGAUGAGCAUGUGCUGCAUUGGGAGACGCGUGUGUCCUCUGAUCCUCCACCGACAGCACAACCCACGAGAAGAAGAUAAAACACGCCCCCCCCCAGCCUCGAGGAUAAUCUGAAAACUGUAUAUAUUUAUACAUAAAUGUAAGAAGUGAUUUGCAAAAUUGUGUGUAGAGAGAGGCGAGAGACACGAUGCAUAGCUGGAGUUAGUCAUCUCGACACGUGAUUUGUGGCUGCGGACAUUUUUUGUGGCACGGUGUCUACUAUUAAAAAACAACAAUGAAGGAGAUCUUUGAUAACUGCU